AUGAUAAUUUUUCUCAACAGGAAUUUAUACGGUAUCCGAAUAUUAUGAACGAAUAUCGAACUGAUCGAUCGUUGAGCAUCAUGUCAAACAUCAUUCCAUUACUCAGCGAAAGUAUUAAUCCCAUACAAAACAUUCUACAGUGUUCGUUAUGUGUAUUCGCUACAUCAAACAGGUCAGAAUUCAGCGAACACCUAACUAGCCAUUACACAUCAAAGCGCAAUAAUUCUAGUCUUAAAGCCGUCCUUACACAUUUACCAAUCCUUAAAUCCCCUUUAAAUCAAAAUGAUAACUCCUCCUCUCCUUUUAUACUGGCAGAAUAUAAACAUAAAAAAAGAGAAGAGACUGACGAAUCUUCUCUUCAUGUUUCUCGCGUGAAUUUGCAAAGCAACAUAAGCAAACAAGACAAAAGCUUUCGAGAGGCUAAGAAUUGCAAACAGUGCAAUUUCAUAGCUAGCACGAAGAUGGAAUAUUGGGAGCACAUGCGUUGCCACAUCAAAGGCUUUACAUGCUCCGAGUGUUCCUUUGUUACCAAGUAUAAGCAUCACAUGAACCAUCACUGGCUUAGUGUUCACGACGGCUCCAAGCCCUUUAAGUGCAAAAAGUGUUUGUACACAUGCGUAAGCAAAUCAAUGUUAACUAGUCAUCUGAAGAAGCACUCGAAUAUCUAUCCGUACAGAUGCGCGGAUUGUACGUACAAAACCAAGUUCUGUAACGCGCUGAAGAAACAUUUGCGAAAGAAGGAGCAUCAACCGGCGGUAGUGCUGAAUGCUGAUGGCUCGCCAAAUCCGCUAUCCAUCAUCGAUGUUUACGGUACUAAACGAGGGCCUAAACAGAAAUCAUCCGCUAAAAAUCAAGAGACAUCAAAAAACAUUGUGGCAGCAAGCAACACAAACAAUCAGCUCGAUUCAACAGUGACUUCUUCACCUUUGUCACUUUAUUCGUCGAUUGCUCGUUAUUUGACUUUAACUGCGAUAAACGGAAUAAGCAAUGGGCAUUGGAUAAAUCAUGAUAUGAACAAAAACCAAUCUGUUACUAUGUUUCCUUACAGCGAUUUGAUCGCCGCGUUUAAUCUAUCGAAUCACAUUCUACUUUGCGAAAAUGCGACAUUAGCAGACGAAAAUUUGCAGAAAACUGAUAACGCACAGUCCGAUAUAUUAACGGAGUAUGCAAAGAUGUUUACAAUUUUGAGUGCUAAUAAAAUGCCGGAAAUGUUUGCUCAAAGUUUAUCUGAUUUUGAUACAACUAACAACAUCGGCGAACCUGAUUUUUCCGAUAAUAUGAAAACUAUUAGCGAAUCCUCGACAUUCUUGGCGAUAAAAACCCAACUAGAAUGUCACAGGACUGAAUCUAUAGACAUACCAUUGGAUCUUCGCAUGAUCGAUGUAAUUAAAAAUAAUCAUCUUCAGUUUCAGGCAUUAACUGAUACAACCUCAUCAAAAGUCUCAGGUACUAGCAAACGUAAAGGUAAAGCGAUAAAACUGGAACAUCGCUUGAUAAAAAAUAACACAGAUAAGAAAUCAGAGCAAAAUGAAGAUGAAUCUUUCAUUAAUAAAUCUCCAUCGAAUGAUUUUUAUAAAAUAAGCCAAAAAAUCAAGAACACUAAGGAUAAAGUCGAUUUAUUUGAUGCUAAACUCACCUGCUACUAUUGCGAGAUUGUAUUCGGCAAUGUGAUCAUGUACGCCGUACACAUGGGUUGUCACAACUUUGAUGAUCCUUACACAUGCAAUAUAUGCGGCCAUCAAUGCAUCGAUAAACUAUCCUUUUUUUUACAUAUCGCUCAAUCGGAGCAUUAAAUAAAAAUAAAUUUGUCUAGUUGAAUGGUAUUUUGCGUGCUUCAAUUAAAAAGAAAAAAUAAUAUGCAUUAUAAAUAUA